AGGUCUUUCCAGCUAUUCAACUGUGGAGCUGCCGUUUUAUUCAAAAUAUCUGCUACUUGCCGCCUACCUAGCGUCACACAAUCCUGCUAAAACUGACAGGCAGUUCUUCUGCAAAACGACAGCAAAGAAAAUGACAAAGCGAGCGAAAGUUGCUGCGAAAUUUGGUGUUAAAACAAGCAGUCAGUUGAAAGGUAAUGCGAUGGUUUUAUGACAAGUUGUAAAUAAAUUGUCGUGGUUUGUCUGAAGUUUGAACUACCUGGAAAAGAUAUCACAAACGUGGUUGGUCCAAUGUAGGUAGUAUUCUUCAAUAAGCUGUCGUGGUUUGUGUCUGAACUACUUGAAUAGGAUAUUUCAGACGUGGUGGUCCAGUGUAGGUAGUAAUGUAGUAUUCUACAAUAAGCUGUCGUGGUUUGUGUUUGAACUACCUGGAAAAGAUAUCACAAAUGUGGUGGUCCACUGUAGGUAGUAUUGUACAAUAAGCUGUCGUGGUUUGUGUCUGAACUACCUAAAAAAGAUAUCUCAAACGUGGUGGUCCAGUGUAGGUAGUAUUCUACAAUAAGCUGCCGUGGUUUGUGUCUGAACUACCUGGAAAAGAUAUCUCAAACGUGGUAGUCCAGCGUAGGUAGUAUUCUACAAUAAGCUUGUCGUGGUUUGUGUCUGAACCGUACCUGAAAAAAGUUAUCUCAAACGUGGUAGUCCAGUGUAGGUAUAUAGUAUUCUUCAAUAAGCUUGUCGUGAUUUUUCUGAACUGUCUGAAAAAGAUACAUAUCUCAAACGUGGCGGUCCAGUGUAGGUAGUAUUGAAUCCAACACAAUCAUUCUAUCCACAUAUUCCAAAACAACAACCAAUUGAACUAUUUUCCUACUUUCAGGGCCACAUCAGUUCGUCCUGGAUCGAUUAAUGGCAAUAUUCUACAGUAUUGUCGACGAGAAAGUACCAGCAUCAGCAGUUAUAUUGACUCAACUAUCCUCCCUCGUCACGUUGCGUUUCUUGUCCCAAGUUUCGGCAAACGACCAAUUAGACUCGCCCAAAUACAAAUGCCUUGUAUCUUUGGAUUUGAUUAAAGCGAUUGCUAGGCAGCUUGAAUUUGACUUAGGACAGUACCUGUAUGAUUUCAUAAAUCAGUAAAUAGCUUUGUAUUUUGGCGAAUUUGAAUUACAUUUGGGAAAGUGUGACAUAUAGAGGAGCAAAACACGAAAGCGAGUUUCUGUUUUUGAAUUCAUUCGUGAAAUGGAAAUUGGGAUUUGGGAAAAUGGAAUUGGGAUUUUUGGAAUGGAAAUUGGCAAAUCGGUGAGUUGAGUGACCGGAUUCCACUAGACAAAAAAUUAAGAGAAUUGAACAUUUCCUAGAAUCGUUAGCCUGCUAAUAUUAUCCUUUGAUCCCUUGGGGGUGAGGCAACACUUUCCUUGCGAAAGUAAGUUCUAGUAUUAUCCUUUUCUGCAGACAAUUUAUGCGAGAAAUAUGACGUAAACUUACUCCAAAUAUUAACGUAAAUUGUGAACAAUUGAAAGCAAGAUAAAAUUUAAGGCAAUCAAGUCAUUAUCAAACCUAAAUAUUUAAAGACCAUGUCAAGUCCG